CAUUCUUACAACUUUUUGUGACUAAAUUGCAGUUGCUAAGGCUAACAAAUUUGAAACAAUUUUUUUAAAAAAAUUGCGACUAAUAUUGCAACUAACAUGGUAGUUGCUACUAUUGUUUUUAAAAUUUAUUAAAAAGGAAUAAAAACCCUUAAUAUAUAAUAAGUUUUUUUUUUGUACGGAAAUAUAAAAAUCCUUAGUAAAAGUAGUACAAUAAGUUGUUGCCGCCAAAAACUACAAUAAACAAUUAUAUCACUCCUUCCUUAACAAAAAAGUCAUCACUCCUUAUUUACAAACAGUGCUACUCGAUACUCUUCAUCCUCACAAAAAAAAAGACAAAAAACGAAGGCCAGAACGGUUCAAUUCAGAACUUCAAAUCAAACCCUCGUCGUCUUCAUCGGUCGUCGUUGCGCCAUCCAUCUCCUCUCAGUUCUUUGGAAAUUAAAUCCUUCAUGAAAAAUUCAAAAUUUGGUCGGGGAGGUAAUCAAGGCGGUGUCCGAGCCAAUAAUCAAUCGGUUGAUCAAGACAAUCCUGUGGUCACAUGACCGACACCACCACCUUCUAAUGAACAGGUACAAGUAAAUUCUAAUGCUGAUGUUGCUGUUGAGAAUGAUGUGGCACCACAAAAUUUGAAUGGAGUGGAACAAGGAAAGAUUGAGCUCUCACCAGAUGGGCUAUGGUUUGAUGACCAUACCGUCAUGAAUUUUACUGAGGUGCCACUUAUGGUUAGGGAUCGUUGGUUCACUGAGUUUAAGCGUACAUAUACUUGGAGACCUGAGUUCGAUGCUAAGGCUAGGAGAGAAUUUGACAAAAAAGCUGGGGACCGACUUAGGGGCACAUUGAACCAAGUUUACAAAAUGGCUCUUCAUAAGCAAGUUAGUUUCAUGACUAACACUGUUCGAGCUGAAUUCAUAAAUAAGCGUAAGCAUCCUGAUUUUGUAAAACGUUCUAACCAAGCAAGAGAUAAUCAGUUAUCUGGCCAAACAUUAGAGAAGUUUGACCUUGGCCAUCGCCAAGGUAGCGUAUCUACUCCUCAAGUGGUUAAAAAAAUGGCAAAGAAAAAGGAUGGAAUUUUACCAACUGCUGCUGAAGUCUAUGAGAGCACUCAUUCUGUUUGUGUGGGAAAUGAUGAAGUGAAUUGAUGGAUGACAAGUCUCAAAAAUUCAUGGGAGAAUGUAUGGAAAAACUUGAGGAGUAUAAGAACAAAGGAAUUGAGAUAAACCCCGACAAAGUCUACUUGGAGGUUGUAGGUGGGCAAAAGAAAGGAAAAGUCUACGGUUUAGGGAGUGCUUCACAAAUGUAUUACAAGAGCGAUCCUACUUCUCAAUCUACUGCAUCAUCUUCCACUCCUUCCAUGAUUUCUCAAUUAAGUUCUCAAGUUGAAGAACUAAAGAACAUGGCGGAAGAAACCAUAACAAGGUGGAAGAAAGCCAAAAAAUAGCGGCAGAGAGCUUAAAAUGUGCUAAGGAAUUCGUCGAAAAUCAUGAAAUCGAAAAAGCUACAUAGAAGAAGGAAAAAUUAGCUAUGCAAAAAACAUUGCAGGAAAUAGCAUCACUUGUAAAACAAGUUUACCGUCCUUAUAAGCCUUCUACGCCUUCAGUCACCCGCUCUCGUGAUACAACUAAGUGAUUUUUAUUUUUUUGGUGGUAAUUUUAUGAACAACUGGUCUUUUACAUUAUCAUUAGUUCUUAUUUGAAGCAGCUUUUUUUUAUAUGGGAGGUGACUUUUGGAACAAUUAGUCAUAUGAGUUAAAUAUUGUUUUUAAAUACAUUGAUACAAAAUUGAUUAUAUUUUGGAUAUUUGAAUAAAAUUAACAUUUUGGUUAUUUGAAUUAAAUGCGUGGGUACCUUUUUUUGUGAUUGAUAUUGGUUGUCGCUAAAUUAUGGUCUCAAAUAUUGAUUGUCAGUCGCAAA